GGAGAUGUUAAAUCUCUUCUUCACAUAUAUGGUUAUUUUGAUGAAGAAGUGGCAAUAAAGUAUAUUUCUGAAGUAGCACUAGCUCUUGAUUACCUUCACAGACAUGGGAUAAUCCACAGAGACCUAAAGCCAGACAACAUGCUCAUAUCUAACGAGGGUCACAUAAAAUUGACAGACUUUGGACUAUCAAGAGUUACUCUUAACAGAGAACUAAAUAUGAUGGAUAUCCUCACGACACCAUCCAUGUCUAAACCUAAGCAAGAUUAUUCACGCACUCCUGGACAAGUCUUGUCUCUUAUCAGCUCCUUUGGUUUUUACACUCCACUUGGAGGGAAAGUGCAUGCACCUAGCACAAGCCCUGUUUGUGCAGAUGUGUCUCAGCUUUCUAGAGGAUUUGUUUCCCCCCUUUCUGUCAGUCACAAAGACUACCCUUCUGCAUCGAGUAAGCUACUAAAAGCAUGCAUAAAUUCUUCAGCUGUAACACCUGGAAUGCCGGUGAGGAGUCUGACGCCAACUCUACUUCAGUCCAGAAAGCGGUAUGGGACUUCCAGUGCCAGUAGCCAUUCCCGUACCCAGUUGUCCAGCAUGGAGUCGGAGUGCUGCAGCAGCCCCCGGUGGGAAAAAGACACACAGGAAAUGGAAGACAUACUUCCCUCUGUCACAGGAAAAGGCAGUGCAUCAGAGAAGCCUGAAAAUACAGAUUUAUUGCUUGCCAAUAGCACGAAAGGUUUAAAGAGAAAGGCAUUGGAAUCUGCCAUCUCCCCUAUUAGCAGCAAUGAUUCUGGGGGCAGGGUGGAUGGAAGGGUUGAACACUUUAACUCCUGUGACACUUCUAUAAGGACCUGUGAUGUAAAGGACCUUGUCCGAAAAUGCCUUUCUGAAUACAAAGAGUGGGAAGAAAAUUUAUCUUCAGAAACAACUGAUUCAGCAAAGGAGGCAGCAAAAUUGUCUAAUUGCCCAUUGCCUCCUUUAAGUUCAGGAAAUCCCAUGAAAGAAAAGAAAGAGGAGGCAGUAUUGGAGAAGCCAGGUGUCAAAAGAAGUUUUGAAUUAGUUGACACAAGUCCUUCUCAAGGACUAAUUCUUGUAAAGAAAAGCAAUGCAGAAUACAAACGUGGCUGCAAAAUCACCGAGAUUGCAGAAAAACAAAGCACAGGUUUAACAACUGAAAUCUGUUGCUUAAAACUGGAAAAAUGCCUACAAGAGGCCUGUACCAGUGAAGGUCAAGCAAAAGACUGUGGUGGCACUGAACAAAACAGGGGUAGCAAAUCAGCUACUCCUUUCAUAGCAAAGAACCUUAUGCAUGAUCUAGAUGCAGACUGUGAAAAGGAUGGGAAAAAAGAACUCACAAACUCCAGUUUUUUAUGCAUUGAUGAUGAAAAGCCUCUAGCAAGCAUGAGCAUGGACUCUGAUUUAUCCCUUCCGGAAAUGUCUACUACAGAUAGUCACAUAGAAAAGCACUUUUCUCAUUUAGAUGCAAGCAUUAAAGAUCUCACCUCUGAGGAACUAAGAACAGAGGCAAUGUCAAUAACGUCACCUUUUUGCCCAGGUGCUUUGCUAAGAGGUCAGGAGAUGCUUCCUAUCCAGGAUAGCAAACCAGUGUGUCAUGAUCAGGAUGAGAAAGGUGUAACUGAAAUACACACAGACAUCCACUCUUCUUCAUCAGUGGAGAUGUUAAAAACAAUGAACCAAUUCAAGAAAAAUGUUGUUGCCUUUCGGAGUUACAACAGUCAAAUCAAUGUGUCUAAUAUGUCUGAGCCAUCAAGACUUAGUAUGAUGUCAGUAGAAGGCAUGGAUAUCUCUGCUUGCAGUGGCUCUUAUCCUAUGACUAUUACACCUGUGCAAAAGGGAACUGCCUACAAAGUGUAUCAGACUCCCCAGGGAAAUGCUGAUACACCUUACAGGACCCCAAAGAGUGUACGAAGAGGGGCUGCCCCUGUGGAGGGAGAACACAUUUUAGGAACCCCAGAUUACUUGGCACCUGAGCUGCUCUUAGCCAAGGCCCAUGGUCCUGCAGUAGACUGGUGGGCACUUGGAGUUUGCUUGUUUGAGUUUUUAACUGGAAUUCCACCAUUCAAUGAUGAAACGCCACAACAAGUAUUCCAGAAUAUUCUGAAAAGAGAUAUUCCAUGGCCUGAAGGUGAAGAGAAGUUAUCAGAUCAUGCUCAGAACGCAAUAGAUAUUCUUUUAACUGUUGAGAGUUCCAAACGAGCGGGACUCAGGGAAUUGAAACGUCAUCAUCUUUUUCAUGGUGUGGACUGGGAUAAUCUGGAUCAUCAGGCCAUGCCCUUCAUACCUCAGCCAAAUGAUGAAACAGACACAUCUUAUUUUGAAGCUAGGAAUAAUGCUCAGCAUCUAACAGUGUCUGGGUUCAGCUUGUAGUUACACUGAAUUUUCCAGUGGGCUGCACAUUUAUAAAGCUUUCCA